GCAAGAAUUCACAUAAACAUUACGUGAAUGUGUGAGUGGUUUGCCGACAAGAAUAUCACAGAAUAUUCUGUAAAAACUUUUACACAAAACUUAUAAAUUCUUAGCCAUAAGUGAUAUAAUAAUAACUACACCAUAACACCAAUCAUACAAAUAAUCACCAAAUUGUGGCACAAAUCGCGAUAAAAAGUGCAAAACAUUAGUACUUUUGGCACCAUUACACCACCAGUGCCGUCAUGUCGACCACCGAUGGACUGACCCGUCGCACCGUACUCUUGAACUGCGGCUCAUUCAACCCCAUCACUCAUAUGCACUUAAGAAUGUUUGAAUUGGCCAAAGACUACCUGAGCCGACACGCCCGGCCCCCGCACGAGGUGGUCGAGGGCAUCGUAUCGCCCACACACGACGCCUACCAGACCGCCACACGCCAGACGACCAAACGCCUGGCGCCCGCCACACACCGGUGCCGUAUGGUGGAGCUCGGCAUACAGCCCAUGAAUGGCGUCCCACAUUGGGUCCGGUGCUCGGACUGGGAGGCCCGGCAGCCGGAAUGGCUGCGCACGCUACCGGUGCUCGACUACUAUAAGAGCCAAUUAGCGCCGGGCGUAGGGCUGAUGUUUUUGUGCGGCGCCGACCUCUUCGAGACGUUCAACGUGCCCGACCUCUGGAGGGAUGAGGAUAUCCACCGUAUUUGCGGUGAUUAUGGACUUGUGGUGAUCACCAGACAGGGAUCAGAUCCGUGGCGUACGCUCGAGAAGAGUCCCAAAGCGGAUAUUCUUAAGCAAUAUAAGGAUAAUAUAUUUAUAGUCGAGGAGAAGAUCCCGAAUGCCGUGAGUUCUUCGGCGGUGAGGGAAGCGAUUAAAUCUGGGGAUAGUAUCCGGUAUUUAGUGCCCGACCCCGUAGUCCAGUAUAUUAAGGAUAACCACUUGUAUGAGUCGUGAUGUGCGCAA